GAGAAGGAGGGGCGGGUCUUCCACUCUGUCUUUUUAUUUAUUUCUUUGUUUCCAGCAGAAAAAAAUAACCGCAGCGGAGUAUUCCUCUGCGGGACUGCCAAUGUUUCCCGUCCGAAUAAAGACAGAACCCUGGACCAUACUGCUGUAGGUAUUAAAAAGCCCGAUUUAAGGGGGCGAGGAUGAAGCGGCGCAAUGCGGACUGCAGCAAGCUCCGACGGCCCUUAAAACGGAACCGAAUCACCGAGGGGAUCUACGGCAGUACGUUCCUGUACCUGAAGUUUCUUGUGGUCUGGGCACUGGUGCUGCUGGCAGACUUUGUGUUGGAGUUCCGCUUCGAGUACCUCUGGCCUUUUUGGCUUUUCAUUCGCAGUGUUUACGACUCCUUCAGAUACCAGGGCCUGGCUUUCUCAGUGUUCUUUGUGUGUGUGGCAUUCACAUCAGAUAUUGUAUGUCUGCUGUUCAUACCAGUGCAGUGGUUGUUCUUCGCAGCCAGUACAUACGUGUGGGUACAGUACGUCUGGCACACGGAAAGAGGAGUCUGCCUCCCCACUGUGUCGCUCUGGAUACUUUUUGUUUAUAUCGAGGCAGCUAUCAGAUUUAAAGAUUUGAAACACUUUCAUGUGGACUUGUGUCGUCCGUUUGCAGCACACUGUAUCGGAUAUCCAGUGGUGACGCUAGGCUUUGGUUUUAAGAGUUAUGUAAGUUAUAAGAUGCGUCUGAGGAAACAGAAGGAAGUGCAGAAAGAAAAUGAGUUUUACAUGCAGCUUCUGCAGCAGGCGUUACCUCCAGAACAACAGCUCAUACAGAGACAAGAGAGAGAAGCCGAGGAAGCAGCAGCAUCUAAAGGCAUCCAAGAUGUCGACUCUCCAGCUGUGGUGCAAAAUGGCUCGGCAGGCGGUAAAAAACCUUCACCCAACACAUUACCAGAGUUGGAAUACAAAGAGAAAGAACGAGGCAAAAACGAAUCCAAAAAACAACACAACCAGAACCAUCACAGCAGCACCAGCAACAUCUUACCCUCAGUGGACAGUAAAUCUCUUGAGGUGGAGUACAUGGAGAACAAUGUGAACAGUAAGAGACUGAGUAGCUCAGAUCUGCUGGGCAGCACUGAGAACCUGCUGAAAGAUGAACACUCUUCAUCAUCCUCCUCCUCUUCCUCUUCCAACUCCAACAAAAAUUACAAAAAUGCCAGUGGAGGGGGAGGGAGCUCCUCGCCCCGGGGGCAUGGAACGGCCAAUGGCAGCGUGCCGUCCUCCUCUGGGCCUUUAACGUCCUCUUCUUCCUCAAAUAAAGGAGACAGGAAACAGAAGUGUGGAGGAGGAAAGAACUCUGCAUCGCACAAAGACCCCGUGGAGAAUUGCAUUCCCAACAAUCAGCUGAGCAAACCCGAGGCACUCGUCAGGCUGGAGCAGGAUGUUAAGAAGUUGAAGGCAGACCUGCAGGCGAGCAGACAAACAGAACAAGAUCUGCGUAGUCAGCUGGGUUCGCUGGGCAGCUCUGAACGCAGCAUACGCUCUGAGCUGGGACAGUUGCGACAGGAGAACGAACUACUGCAAAACAAACUUCAUAACGCUGUUCAGACGAAGCAGAAAGAUAAGCAGACAGUGGGGCAGCUGGAGAAGCGACUGAAAGCUGAACAGGAGGCUCGUGCUGCAGCAGAGAAACUGUUAGCAGAGGAAAAGAAACGCAAGAAACUAGAGGAGGCCACAGCGGCCCGUGCAGUUGCUCUCGCAGCAGCAACCAGAGGUGAAUGCACAGAGUCUCUAAGGAGGCGGAUUUCUGAGCUGGAGACGGAGUGUAAGAAGCUUACACUGGACAUCAAGGUGAAGGAGGAUCAAAUCAGAGAGCUGGAGCUCAAAGUCCAGGAGUUGCAUAAGUAUAAGGAGAAUGAGAAGGACACAGAGGUUCUGAUGUCAGCCCUAGCAGCGAUGCAGGAUAAAACCCAACACCUGGAGAACAGCCUUAGUGCUGAGACCCGAAUCAAGCUGGACCUCUUCUCUGCCCUAGGAGAUGCUAAGAGACAGCUGGAGAUCGCACAAGGUCAAAUCCUGCAGAAAGACCAAGAAAUAAAAGACCUGAAACAGAAGAUCGCAGAAGUGAUGGCCGUCAUGCCCAGCGUGGUGUAUUCAGCAGAUACAGGCAGCAUGACCCCAGUCACGCCCCAUUACUCCUCCAAGUUCAUGGACACCAGUCCAUCAGGCCUGGAUCCAAACGCAUCCGUUUACCAGCCCCUAAAAAAAUGAAUGAUUAUUUCUCACCACAACAGACCUCCACUCAUAUACACACACACACACACACACACACACACACACUGUCACGGUCCUCCCUGGUUGUUUUAUUUUUCCUCCAUAGGCCCAGAUUAAGUUCAUCUUUUGGCAUGUCUGUGGCUCAGAUUCCUUUUUUUUUUUUCUGGGUUUUACGUCUUCUAAUACCACAGCUUCUUGCCUGGUCAGAAGGAUGUUGUAUCGUGUGACUGUAUUUGUUGUAGUAAAAAACAAAAACAACAAAAGACAAAAAAAGAAGACUUUUAAGUGACAUCACAUGUCGAGUAGGAAACUGCUGUUUCUUUACUCUUGUAACUGUCUAGAAACCUCACAGAAGUCGGUGAGUAUCUUCCCGUCAAUUCAGAGACCAGUUGACUCACAUUUUGGUUCCUCUGUUUUGGAUAUCGGCCUUGAUUUACUUUUCCAGGGGCAGGGGGCAUUGAAAGCAGGGCAAGAGUGAGAUCUGUCGUCCCAGGUUCUCUACCCUAUAUCAAAGGUCAAGACGAUUUUUACUCAAGAAUGUCACCAUCUAAGAUGACAAGAAUGUAACGUGUUGAACAUGUCUAGAAAAAACAAAACUAAUGUCUGUUCCAAAUGUCCCAGAAACAAACGGCAAAAUACGACCAAAUUAUAACAUUUUUGUUUAGUUUCUCAGAAUCGGACACCUCCUGGUUUUUGUGACUUGUAUGACAGAUCGAAGCUUCAUCUUCAAUGUGGAUUGCAAUGUGUUCAGUUCUUGCAGAUGCACCACAAACUUUCAGAUGGCUCUUAACAAGUCCCAACAGCGUUAUUCACAAUUAACAUAAUCAGUGCCUUUAUACGGGACCUCAUUGGUGGAAUUGAAAGGUCUCUUCCCCCGUCAUGCCAUGCUUCAAACAAUUUCCCAUUUGGACAACCUUUUGCAAACAGAUCACCAGCCAUUUGUGUGACAACUCCGCUCCUGUUUAUGUCCUCUUACAAACCGGGCUUUUAAAUUCGGUCAUUUGUUUACAUUUAUUUAUUUAUAUAACAUUGCACUGUUGCUUAUUGACUUCAACAAGCUUUAAGGGAAUAUGUUAAGUAUAUAAACACAGAAUACCCUCCCUGUUUCAUAUUGUAUUCACCAUCUUUCAGUAUCAGAUGAAAAGCUAGUGUAGUCCAGUGCCAACUACAUAGUGGGGAUGUAAUUUGGUUGAAUGAAAAAAAGUGUUUUGGACCCAUCUGGUGACUGGCUGGUCCAAUUAUUGAAGCUGGAGGAGCCUGUUAUUAUAUCAUUUUAUUUGGGUUUGCUUGUAUACAUACUUUGUUGUGCCACUUGAUGUCGCUAUUGCGUUCAGAAAGUAUUGCAACUUCACACUCUAAAGCUGUAAGGCUGUAGUUGUCCAUGACUUGGAAGUGUUUUCAGUGGAUCAUAACUCUUUUAAUACAGAGCUAGACUUCAUCAAUGUCUAGUAAACAUUGAGUAUUACUAGGCUGAAGGGAGAAUGCCCAAUGCCAACCCACUUUUAUCAGCAUACCCUUCCUUAAAAUCUUCAGGUUUGUGUCAGUACAGAUUUUGCCAAUUAAAGGAAUCACUUCAGCAUUUAAGUAAUUUUCCUCACAAAUAUGAGCACCACAGCUGUAUCAAGCAUUUCCCAACUAGUCGGAUUAGUGGUACAGUUCUGGUGCGGGUCGAUUCAGAAGAGGAUAAGGUUACUGUGUUAAGUUUUCCAUUUGAUUUAU